UAUAUAAUCCAGGAAGCGUAAUUCAAAUUUGCGCUCAAGAUUCUAAUAAUCAGUGGAUUCAGUUGUGGGAUGGAUCGUCUCAGAUUGUACCCCCGAAAUCAAGAUUAUUUUCUCCACCCUUAUCGCAUCCGUGCUACUUUAAAACCAAAAUGCUCAGACUAUUUUUUAAAGACAAUUCACCUGUCUCUUACACACAGCUAGAUGCUGUGAUGUUUAUCGGAACAUCAGAAUUGAUCUUUUCUAGAAAUCCUAACGAGAAUUUAACUAAUCUGUUAAAAAGAAUAAACAGCAUGUACUCUCCUCACCAUGACGAUGUUCAUAAUUUAACAGCAGAUUUGAAAAGUGCACACUUGGAUAUAGUUCAUCUGCAAAGAAAUUUACCUGAAUAUUGUGUUAUUUCUAACAGCAAAAUAAACAAGAUUACUUAUAAAAGUAAUUUGAAGCGCAAAAGGGCAUCUCAAGAAUUAAAUAAUCAUUCCAAUUGUGUAAACAGUAUGAAACUCUCUUCGGACGAAUCCAAAGAGUUAUCACCUUGCAGUUUAUCGGCGCAUGUUGCAAGUAGUUGCAGCUUAUCGGCGCUUCCUAUCAAAGAAAACCCUAAUCACUGA